CCUCUUUAAUAAGCUACACUAUCUUUCUUCAGGUGUAGUAUCAAGAGCCAAAUGCCUGACGAUUCGCAAGCAGACCCAGUCAGCAGCGAGGUUUCUGCUGAAGACAUUGAAGAAAUCAACACGCUGACUGAACUGGGCACCACGUUGAUCCAAGCUGUACUAGAAAAGGAACCCCUCACAAAUAUCCAGGAUCUUAUCGACGCAGGCGCUCCUUUGUGGUUCCAGGACAAUGAAGGUAUCUCACCUUUGCAUGCCGCAGCGUAUGUUGGGAGCGAGCAGCUGGUAAAGAUGUUCCUGGCCGAAGGCGCAGUCUGGAAUGCAGUGGACGACCUUGGAAACACGGCGGGUGAUAUUGCCCUAUCCAUGAAUAAUGAGGAGUGUUACAAGCUUAUCCGCGAUGCGGGCAUCCGCGCAGAGCUAUUGCUUGCAGUGUUGUCCUCGCGCUCAUCACUUGUGCAAUCUGCGUCGACGCUCGUGAUCGACAGUGAGGACAAUACUGCAGCCGGAUCAAACGACAAGUUUCUUGCCUCGCGUUUACAAUAUACCACUGAUGCAAAUGGCCAAGAAAUUUGUCUUCUCAAGUUCAAGGAUGACACGGAGAUCGGUGUCAUGAUGGGUUGGGAGCGGGAGAUCAUGUGCAAGACUGUGGACGAGUUAUGUUCCAACCACCCGAGGUUGAAGGAGGGGCUUCGCAUCCUUAACGUGGGAUUUGGCCUUGGAAUUAUCGACACAUUACUACAAGAACUAUCCGAACCUCCUUCCCUGCAUGUCAUAAUAGAAGCCCACCCAGAUGUACUGGCGCACAUGCGAGAGCGAGGGUGGCAUGACAAGCCAGGGGUCAAAGUUAUGGCAGGCAAGUGGCAAAACGUCAUUCAAAGCAAAGAAUUCCGCGAUCUCGGAAAAUUUGAUGUUGUCUAUAACGAUACUUUCGCGGAAGGUUACCAGGAACUUCACAAGUUUUUCAAGCUAUUGCCCGACCUGAUGGCAGGUUCUGAGGGGCGAUAUAGUUUCUUUAAUGGCCUCGGAGCAACCAACGCUCUUUUUUAUGAUGUUUAUUCACGGGUGUCGGAGUGCCAUUUGUCCGACAUCGGAGCAGAAGUUCGUUGGAGCUCUGUCCAAGUCGACAGCGGGGAAGAUCAGGAACGAUGGGGAAGAACAAGGGAAUAUUUCACUCAGCCUGUAUACCGGCUGCCCAUCGCUCAGUUGAAGCAGAAGAGAACAUGAAACCGUUUGCUCUCAUCUCCAUAGAAAUACCUAGUCGUGAUGGCUCACCGCAGUACUGCACGUCGACCUGAAUUCUGUUGGUUGAUUUCCAGGGUUUCUUCCAGUGCCUCUGGCUUGGGAUAGCGCCUCAGUAGUUUGCUAAAUUAGCUGAUAUACUCAAUCAUCACUAGUCACUGCCGGCACGAUGGCUUGAUGUUCCUUGAGGUUUCGUGGCAGCGUUGUACAUGUGGUGUUAGAAGGUUUCGUAUCUCCCUGGGACGAUG